AUGUGUGGACGUCCGAGCCGGCGGCCGUGCAGGAGCGACAGCUUCUCGUCGUCGUCCGCCACCGCUGCCGCGGCUCCCUCCGUCCCGUCCGGCAAAACAUCCAAGUCGGAGGCCGUGUCCCAGCUCCUGGCGCACGUGAAGCUCCUGCCCCGGCGCCGCGCGGCUGCCAUGGCGGCGCUGGACGCCGGCCUCCCUGCCGAGGCCGUGCGCCAUUUCACCAAGAUCCUGGAGGCGCGGCACGGCGUGCUGCCGCACCCGUUCGCCGCCGCCUGCCUCGUGGGCCGCGCCGCCGCGUUCCAGGCCGGUGGUCGUCCAGCCGACGCCAUCGCGGACUGCAACCGCUCGCUGGCUCUGGAUCUUGCCUACAUUCCGGCGCUCCGUGCCCACGCCGACCUCCUCCAGUCCGUGGGCGCGGUCGCCGACUGCCUCCGUGACCUCGACCACCUGAAGCUCCUGUACGACGCCACGCUACGGGACGGCAAGCUCCCGGGGCCACGGUGGUGGCCGCAGGGCGGAGUGCGGUACUGCGAGAUCGCCGGCGCGUAUCGCAAGCUGACGGCCCGCAUCCAGGGGCUGCGCGGCCGUGUCGCCGCCGGCGAGGCGUGCAACAUCGACUACUACCUGCUGCUGGGCGUGCGGCGCGGGUGCCCGCGCUCGGAGCUGGAGCGCGCACACCUGCUGCUAUCCCUGAAGCUCAAGCCCGACCGCGCGGUGGUGUUCGGGGAGCGCCUGGAGCUCAUGGACGAGCACCGCGACCUCGAGGCGGUGCGCGACCAGGCGUGCAUGUCCGCGCUGCUGCUGUACAGGAUGCUGCAGAAGGGUUACUCGUUCAUCAUGUCAGCCGUUCUGGACGAGGAGGCCGCCGAGAGGCAGAGGGCAAAGGACGCCGCCGCGGCGGCGGCCGCGCUGGCGGCCAAGCAGGAAGCCGCGACGCAGGAGCCACCACAGCCGAUGCCCGGGAAAUCCAAGAACACCGAGAGCGGCCGUCCAAGAAGCCCGCCAGGCCGAGGAGCGCCGUCGAGGAGGAGCGCUCGUCGGGGAAAGCUGGAUCGCCCAGGGAGAGCAGCGCUCGGGGAGAGGAGCGCCCGUAGAUGUUGUAAGAAACGGAAUGCCAAGCCCAGUGUUCGGAAUAUCACGGUUCCAAAAAGCUCACCAGCGACCGCGGGUAAUGUGAGUGCGCGCGAACUAGGGCUGACAUGCGGGCCCCACAUGUCGGCGCCGUGGUGA